CGGCAGCAGUACCAGCUGUCACUCAGUCAAGACGCUCCCUACUUACUCACUUUCUCACACACUUUAUUAAGUAUACACAUUUUCGAAAAGAUGUUACUAAAACGUGUACACGUUACAGUUAUUUCUUGGUGCAGCUGGUCCGCUUGGAGAGUAUUUCUGGCACUUGUUUUAUUAGACGCGCUGAAGGCGAGGGAUUUGCCGAGCUGCAAAGAGUCAGAUUACCACUUUGAGUACACAGACUGUGAUGUUCUGGGGUCCAGAUGGAGAGUGGCGAUACCCAACAAACCUGACACAUGCACAGGCCUCCCUGACCCGGUGAAAGGGACACAAUGCACAUUUUCCUGUAAGGAAGGUGAAUACCUGGAUAUGAAGACACAGGAGUGUCAGAAAUGUGCUGCAGGAACCUAUUCAUUGGGUACUGGGGUGGCUUUUGAUGAGUGGGACACCCUACCUGCUGGCUUUAUCAGCCAUGGCAUCAAUAUGGAUAUUGGCAACAGCUACACUAACUGUUCUAAUUCCACUUGGACUCCUAAGGGGGACUACAUAUCUUCUAACACAGACGAAUGCAGCUCUACACUGUCGUAUGCUGUGAAUUUGAAACAGCCUGGCUCAGUCACUUUCCAGUACAUCUAUCCUGAUAACAGCAUCUUUUUCGAAUUCUAUGUUCAGAAUGACCAGUGCCAGUCAACUGAUUCUCAGAGUCGUUGGAUGAAGAUUUCUAAGAAUGACUGGGAGUAUCACUAUGUGCCACUAAGUAGUGGGAACAAUGUUCUAUACUGGAGAACCACUGGGUUCUCUUUGUCUGGCAGUGUGCUUAAACCGGUUUUGCUGAAGAACAUUGCUAUCUCAGGGGUUGCAUACACAUCUGAAUGUUUCCAUUGUAAGCCUGGCACCUACAGUGCCGAAGCUGGGGCUGCCCACUGCUCCCCCUGUCCGGUCAAUACCUACUCUAAUAAGGGAGCUACUGAAUGCCAGCAGUGUGAGGAAGACAAAUAUUCAGAGCUCGGGUCAGGAGCGUGUCGGCAGAGACCACCCUGCAUGACCAGUGACUACUUUUACACUCACACUCCUUGUGAUUCCAAAGGACAGACACAGCUGAUGUAUAAAUGGAUUGAACCAAAGAUCUGUAAUGAGAAUGCAGAGGGAGCCGUGAAACUUCCAGCCUCAGGGGAGAUGCAAACCUGUCCUCCAUGUAAUCCUGGAUACUUCACUAACAACUCGUCAGCGUGCCAACCCUGUCCACAAGGCUUUUACUCCAAUGGAACAGCAUGUUCCGAGUGUCCUGCUGGAACGGAGCCAGUAAUGGGUUUCGAGUACAAGUGGUGGAAUAGGAUGCCCAGCAACAUGAAUAGUUCAGUCUACAGACGAGAGUAUAGUGGUACUCAGAGGAGCACAGGAUGGGAGGUAGCUGGCGAAUAUGUUUACACCACACCUGGAGAUUUGGACUCAGACUACAUGUUGCUAACACUUACUGUACCUGGUUAUAGUUUGCCUUACUCCUUGGAUAAAGAUAAAGAGAGUCCAGAACUUUCUAGAAUCACAUUUGUCUUUGAGACCAAGUGUAUGGCUAACUGCGCACUUUACUUCACGACAGGCUUAAGCGAGAGAAAUGAUCAUGUGGUGGAAACCUGGAGAGGCACCAUCGGGAAGCAGUCCUAUUCUUACCUUAUUAAGAGCAAUCACACUGUGAGCUUUACCUGGGGCUUUCAGCGCACUGACACCUACAGUAUGGAAAGGCAAUACAGCUCAGACUUUGCUAAGAUCUACUCUGUUCACAUUACUAAUGUGAUUGGAGGAGUGGCCUCUCAGUGUCGACAAUGUGCACUCGACUCCUCUCAGACAAACUCAGCCUGCGUCUCCUGUCCUCCUGGUCACUACAUGCUACAUGGCACUGGAGUAUGCAGGAGCUGUCCAUCGAACACCUUCAUAAGGCCUGAGCAGCCUCUGGGAAUAGAAGCCUGCAUCUCAUGUGGACCUAAUACUAAGAGCAACAAAGCCCGCUCAGCCUGCGUGAGUGACUGCACUCUGGCUAUGCCAUAUAAAGAGGAAACUCUGCAGUAUGAUUUUUCUCCCCUGGCCAAUCUCACUCACUUUCAGAGCAGCCCUCGCUUUACCAACAAAGGUCUUCGUUAUGUACAUCAGUUUAGUGUGGGGCUAUGUGGCACAGAGGACCGUGUUCUGGCAUCCUGUGUUGACAAUGUUACAGAGAGCAGGAAGGAGGUGAAUGGUUAUGUCUGCCAGUCAAUCAUAGUGCCUACUGAUGUCAGGGGUCAAAGGGUUGUGUCCUCACAACCUUUUAGUAUUGGAAGCACAUUGAUUGGGGUAACCACUGAUUCAACACUUGACCACAUCUCAUCUUUUGGGAGUACUUUUCCUACACAAUCUGAUCUCCCUGAUGUCAUAUUUUACUACCGGGCAAGUGAAACAACACAGGCAUGCAAAAAUGGGAGAUCAACCUCCAUCAGACUCAGGUGUGAUCCCAAAGUGACAGCAAUGGAUCAGAUUACCUUACCAAGUAACUGUACAGAAGGAACAUGUGAUGGCUGCUCCUUCCAUUUCCUGUGGCGUUCUCGGUUUGCUUGUCCUCUCUGUUCUGAGAGGAACUAUAAAGAGAUAGUGAGUGCCUGUAUCAAUGGAAUUCAGAGGACCACCUAUUUGUGGCAGCAGUCUCUGCGAUGUACAGGUGGAGUACCUCUGCCAGAUCCACAGAUUAGUGCUUGUGUCACUUUAGACUUCUGGCUCAAAUUUGGGGUUUCUCUCGGAACUGUGACAGCAAUACUGCUCAUCACCAUCAGCUGCUACUUCUGGAAACGGACACGCAAGCUGGAAUAUAAGUAUUCAAAGCUUCUUAAUGCAGAGUCGAAAGACUGUGACCUUCCUGCUGCUGACAGUUGUGCUAUUAUGGAGGGAGAGGAUGCAGAAGAUGAUCUCAUCUACCAAAGCAAAAAAUCUUUUUUUACCAAAAUUAAGUCCUUCACCAGAGAGAGAACAUCAGAUGGCUUUGACUCUGUUCCUUUGAAAUCAUCCACAGACAUGGAGAUGGAGAUGACCUAGACCUUUAAACCCUGCCGAUGGACAGUGCUAACUGAUCUAGCAAAUCCUCACCGCUUGCUUCUUAUGGUGUCCUAUAUGUAAAUAAUAGGAAAGAACCAUCAGGAGAGACAGGAGAGAUCCAUAUCUCACAAGAAACGAUCCACCACGAUUUAGACUAAUGUUAUUUAAUUUUUUGUAUCGACUACAAGCAUCUUGUUCGAGUCUUUGGGAUUUGUAUGUCAAUAUAAAGAACAUAAAGCAUAGGCAUUCUAUAUAUAUAUAUAUAUAUAUAUAUAUAUAUAUAUAUUUUUUUUUAAUCACAGACAGUCCUUUGAGGAAAAAGUGCCCAGUAGUUCAGUUUACAACAUGUUAGAUCUGUUAGUUUAUGUUCAGUGAAGGUUAGCAGAUACAGUGACUCUCCUGAGAAACAUUUACUUCUGUUUGUAUUCAUUUUUAAGUAUAACCUUGUAAGUCUGUAUUGUUUCCCACAAUAUCUCCAGCUUGUAAUGUGAAGCCAUUUUAAUUGUCUUUAUGGUUGCCUGUACAGAAUGUGAGUUAUAAAAGUAUUUGUCCCAA